AUGUCAGCAGGCGAACUGAAAGAGCUGAUCCCAUUUCUCCAUGAUGCAAACCCACAAGUGCGGCAGAUUGCUCUUGCCAAUCUGCUCGGACACACACCGAAAGGGUCUCCAAACCGCGAUAUUUUCUUUACUGGGCUGAGAAACAGUGGAUUGCAAGAAUCUCAAGAUAGCGACAUCAUCCGCGAUCUAAAGCUGCUAUGCCGAGACCAAUUAGCAACUGCUCACGACGCCUUUAGGGCAUUGGUGAAUCUAUCCGAUUAUUCUUUGCUCAUAGGGUCUCUGUCAGAACUUUCAUUUUUGAAUUUUCUUGUAUCCUACAUUCUCAACCCUCAAGCCAUCCUCGCCGAUCUUGCAUCGAUGUUAUUGUCCAACCUGACCGCGUCAAGUUCAACAUGUUCUGCGCUGCUUACAUUGACUGUAUCCAUACUUCCUGAUCCAACAUCGCCCACACUGUAUUUUCCUACCCAAUCGCAAUGCGGAACCUGUCCCGCUCCUGUACCAUAUCCAUCCGGGGGGGCGCAGAGUGUAGAGGCCCUUCCUCUUCUCCUAGAUGCUUUCAUUCAGGGUGCGACAGUCGAAGACACACAAGGCAAAGAGAAACGAACACGUAAAGGGAAUUUACAUUUCCUGUCCAGCGUUUUCGCAAAUUUAAGCACGACACUCACAGGCCGACUGUUCUUUCUCACACCGCGCCCGACUGAUCCCAUGAAGUCAGAAAUGACUGUAGAAUAUCCGUUGUCUAAGCUCCUCGUAUUUACCGAGCACAAUGAUAUCAUUCGACGUGGCGGUGUUGCAUCUGCGCUCAAAAACUGUGCAUUUUACGUGCAGGCCCACCGAGCACUCUUAUCUUCAGACACAGAACGCGCCAUCGUACCGCCAUCGACAAUCGCUGCGCCUGGAGUUGACAUUCUUCCGUAUGUAUUACUUCCAUUAGCAGGCCCGGAAGAGUUCGAUCUCGAAGAUCAAGAGCUGCUACCUGCAGCCCUACAAUUUCUUCCGUCUACCAAAACGCGCGAGCCCGAUCCUGUGCUACGAUUAACUCACAUUGAGACACUUCUCUUACUCUGUACUACACGAUGGGGUAGGGAGUAUCUCAGGAAGAAUGGUGUUUAUGAAAUAGUACGGGUACUACACGAAAAUGAACAGGUUGACAAGGCAAAGCGCCUGGUCAAUUUCUUGAAAAGAGAUGAAGGGACGGAGACAGAAGUAAACAAUAUUCAUACCCUGGAAGAACCUUCGGAUGAAGUGAAGGCGGAAGUCGAUGAUGAUGAUGAAGAUAGUAGAAUUGAAGAAAUAUAA